CUUCUUCAUCUUCUCUAUCCCUCUGCUUCACUUCCUCUGUGUAUUCCUCUAAACCCAAAAUACAUCGGCUCAGACAAUGGCGACAAUGGAGUUUUCAAUCGCACCAGACGAAGACCCCGCCGACAAGAUCUACAAAGGAUUUUCCCGAGACAUUUCCGACUCCCGUCUCGAGGAAGCCCUAAAGCAUUCCGGUUACAAAUACGACGGAGCCGCCCAUUACAUCCUCGACAAUUUCGUCGCCGUCCGUCGAACUGUUGUGGGAAACAGAGUCCAAAUCCAUGCGCAGCUCAAGGAGGAAGAUCGACGCGAAAAGCCAGACCAGAAGGCGGAGAGCGAAGCAGUGGAAGGGAAGCCUUUUGAUUCCGCCAAUCCGAUCGCCGUUGUGAAGGAAGAGCACCGGGAAGAGUCCGAUGAGAAACCCUUUGUUGUCCCAAUUGCAGCGGUUCCUUUAACAGUAGUGCCAGUUGAGCAGCCUCCAAUGCAACCGAAAGAGGAGCUCGAAGCCGCUGAGAUUUUAGCAGGAGGCAUGCGGACCGUGAAAGACGAGCCUAUGGAGACCGAGAUGGUGUCAGCAGAAGUUAUGACUCCUGAAGCGCCGGCAACGGCUGAAGAGAAGCCAUUUGGGGCAGAGGCGGCGGCAAAAGCAGAGCAUCCUGUUGAGGCAGAGACGGCGACAAAAGCAGAGGAGCCUGUACAUACGGAGGCAGAAAAGACGGCGUCGAAAGAUGAGGCAGCCGGAGCGGCAGAUACGGCGAAGGAGAAAACACAGCCGAGCGCACCAAAGAUCCCGGAAAAACCGGUGCAGAGGAUCAUCGACGGCCUUGUGGUGGAAGACGGGGAGUUCCCAGAAGACCGGGGUUACUAUCUGGUGGGUAGAACGAUGGUGACCGCCGUUUCGACCUCCAGAGGCAGGAAAUUGGCUGAUAACGAGAUCGUCUAUUUCAACUACUCCAAGUCAAGUUCUAAAUCUAACGCCCAAUGGAUCGUCCGCUUCUCAACCAAACGAUGCGGAGAGGUUGGUCGGCUUCCAAUGGAAUGGGGGAAAACCGUUGUUCCGCUUAUGAGCUCUCGUAAGGUUAAAGUCCUCGGUAGAUGCGUGGCAGCACCGGCGACUCUUCAAAUGAUGCAAGAGGUCUUCUUAUAUGUGAGUUUCUAUAUACACCGAUCAAUGUUUAUAACGUUGGAUAGCUCGACGUGGACUUUGGAAUCAAACACGUACAUUGAUCCUUCACUUUACCCUCUCCUUAGCCUGUUUAAGCUGCUGGAACUAAAGCCAUACCAAAAGGCUGAGUUCACUCCAUCAGAGCUUCACUCAAGAAAACGUGGUUUGAAGCUUGAGGAUGAUGCAGACGAUUCAGUUACAGCGUUACAGCUUGUGAAGAAGAGAAAAGGCGGAGGAGUUCAGAUUCCUGAACAAGAGAAGGAUGAACAAGCCUUUUCCGAGUCGAUGUUGAAUAAGAUUGUUGGUACUGCUGAAGUUUAUGAUCUAAUGGAAAUGGAGGCCCCAUGCACUUUAACCUGCCAUUUAAAGCCAUACCAGAAACAGGCUCUUCGAUGGAUGUGUGAAUCAGAAGAGGGGAUGGAUGAUGAGAAAGCGUCCAAAUUGCUUCAUCCAUGCUGGGCUGCGUAUAAUAUAUCUGAUGAAAGGGCAGCCUCUAUUUACGUGAAUAUUUUCUCUGGAGAAGCUACCUUUCAAUUUCCAGCAGCAACUCAGAUAACAAGAGGAGGGAUUUUGGCAGAUGCAAUGGGUCUCGGAAAGACUGUAAUGACGAUUGCUCUAUUACUUGCAAGACCAGGCAGAGGAAGUGUUGUUGGUAGGCCUUGUGGUGGGACUCUUAUUAUUUGUCCCAUGGCAUUGCUUCACCAGUGGAAAGAUGAGCUCGAGACACAUGCAAAGCCGGGAAGUAUGUCUGUUUUUGUUCAUUAUGGCGGCGAGAGAAUGAAUGAUCCAAGGCUCAUUUCCGGAUAUGAUGUGAUAUUGACAACUUAUGGUGUCCUAACGGCAGCUUAUAAACAAGGUGUGGGUGCGAGUAUUUUUCAUAAGGUAGAGUGGUUUAGGGUUGUGUUGGAUGAGGCUCACAUCAUCAAGUCCCAAAAGUCACAAGGUGCUCAAGCUUCCUUCCUGUUGUCAUCGCAAUACCGCUGGUGUCUCACAGGGACACCUCUUCAGAACAACUUGGAAGAUAUCUACAGCCUUCUAUGCUUUCUGCACGUUGAACCUUGGUCCAACUGGUCAUGGUGGAACAAAUUGAUCCAUAAACCUUAUGAAAAUGGAGAUCCAAGAGCACUUAAACUUAUCAAGGCCAUCCUGAGACCACUGAUGCUGAGGAGAACCAAGGAAACCAAAGACAAUUAUGGAAGACCGAUUCUGGUUCUUCCACCAACUGAAAUUCAAGUGCUCACAUGUGAGCAAUCAGAAGCUGAACUUGACCUCUAUGAAGCCCUUUUCAGGAGAUCAAAAGAACAAUUUGACAGCUUAGUGGCACAAGGCCAAGUUCUUCACAAGUAUGCCUCUGUCCUUGAGCUACUACUUCGUUUGAGGCAGUGUUGCAACCAUCCUUUUCUUGUCAUGAGUCGAGCUGAUUUACAAAAGUACUGGGACUUGAACAAGCUUGCCAAACGAUUCUUUGAAACAAAUGAUGAUUCUGUUGCCUCUACGGAGACAACAGCUGCCACUCAAGCCAACGGCAAAGAAGCUGUUGAAGGAAGCCGAAAAGGAGAACACACUGAAUGUCCCAUCUGCUUGGAGUCAGCAGACGACCCAGUUCUAACUCCAUGCAAGCAUAGAAUGUGCAGAGAAUGUCUCCUCACCAGCUGGACAACAAAUACAGAAGGGCCAUGCCCACUGUGUCGAACUUUAGUGAGCGAAUACCAGCUACGAACAUGUCCAUCUGGGACCAAGUUCAAGAUCGAUAUUCACAAGAACUGGAAAGGUUCGUCCAAGAUCACUAAGCUACUGGAUUGCUUGGAAAGAAUUGAUGCUUAUUAUUCUGGGGAGAAGAGUAUUAUUUUUAGCCAGUGGACUUCUUUCUUGGACCUCUUGGAAAUCCCACUGAGGGAGAAGGGGGUUGAGUUCUUGAGGUUUGAUGGGACAUUGUCUCAGAAGCACAGGGAGAGAGUCUUGAAGGAGUUCAACGAGAGCAGUGUGAAAAGGGUUCUACUGAUGUCUCUGAAAACUGGUGGGGUGGGGCUGAAUCUAACUGCUGCUUCAAAUGUAUUUAUAAUGGAUCCAUGGUGGAACCCUGCAGUUGAAGAACAGGCAAUCAUGAGAAUUCACAGGAUAGGACAAAAGAGAACUGUGAGAGUUAGAAGAUUCAUUGUCAAGGGCACGGUGGAGGAACGACUGCUGCAAGUUCAGGCCAAGAAGCAGAAGAUGAUUGCUGGAGCUCUAGCGGAGGAUGAUGUCCGGACUUCCAGGAUUGAGGACCUCAAAAUGCUCUUCAGAUGAAAGUGUCCUACAAAAAGUCAGGGAGAGAAGUCGUUUCAUGCAACAUUUUAGCAGUGUUUAUAAGUGUUUAGGGUUAGGGUGGUGAGGGGAGAGGGUGCUUAGUAGUUAUUUAUGUGCAUACGCUGUCCCUUUAGGUGAUAUGAUGCCUUACUUUCUGAGGAAAGAUUUAGGCGAUUUUUGUAUAUGGAUGUGAUGAAGGCAAAAGCACAAUUUUCAUGCGGUAAUUGGAGAAAUCGUCUCCUCUUUCUGUUCGUUGCGCUUGGCAGUAACU